AUGAACUUUAAUCCUCGCAGACACGGCAUCGAACUCCACCUUCACUUAGAUGGAGGUUUCCGACCGUCAACUUUAUUUGAACUUGCCCAUAAAAAAUCUAUAAGACUCUGCGCAUCGAAUCUGCGUGAUUUUGAAAAAAGUUUAACUGUGCAGCAACCAAACAGCCUCGCCGACUUUUUAUUGAAAUUCGACGUUAUCAAUCCCAUCGUUCAGGGAGAUGCCGUAAGUUUACGGUAUAAUUCUUCUUCUGUUGUUGGUUAGGGUAGUAGGAUUACAUAUAUAAAUCUAUAUAUGUAAUUACAUACAUGUAAUCAUUCUGCACUUGCCAACAGUAUAAGGGCACGCUUUUCAUCAUCAAAAAUAUUAUGCAUGUAAAAUUUAUUUUGCUGCCAUGGGAGAUAAGGUUUAUUUGGUUCAGAACAUUUAGGCUCCGAUUAUUAGCAGAAAUGGUCUAAGGUUUUCCGUGUGAAUGAUGAUUCAGUCGCAGCUAGCUUUUUUAAAAACAUGAUUACGAUCUCAUGAACUUUUGUUUUUGCACGUACAAAAUCUAAAAUUGUGAAAAAAAUGUGAAACUAUUUAGGCGUUGUAUGCGGUCGGAAUUUUGAAAAAAUAUCUCUUCUGAUCAGAAGAGAUAUUGCAUGCUUCGAAGCAUGCAAUAAACGUGACUGUGGGUCUGUUUCGUAUACUGAAGAAUCCUAUGUAUCACUGAGACAUUAUAUAUAUAUAUAUAUGUAUAUUUACACAUGAAUAUAUUCUCAUAGGUAGAAAAUCUUCGCUAAGGAACUUUUAAGUAUUCAAUGUGUCCCCACAGUAUUUUGUGCUACUACCAUAUGAUAGAAAGCAGAGCAGUGUGAUUAUGCAACCUAAUUAUUCUGUGUGACUAUUUUACCUUCGUUUAGAAAUUUGUGUUUGGAUUUUUGAGAGACAUUCAGUUACAGGAAAUAUACGCAUCAAAAACCUUUCUGUUGCAGGACUGUGCAUUGUUUGGAUUUUGGAAUAUGAUUGGGGGAGUAUGUGUUUAUUACAUUUAAAAUGCACGCGGCACACUUGGAGGGUGCAACGCCGCUUGCCACUGCCCUAAUUUAUUUGUUUUCCAUUCAUUUUCUCCAAUUAUUGAUAUCUCUAAAGGUACGAAUCGCCGAUCGAUAUCGCAUGCAUAUUGUUUAAUACAUCUUAGAUUUUAGAUGCCUGUAUGUUACAUCUCUGUACCGAUUCCCUAAGUGUUCCGUUUAAGUUUAAGAUUUUAGGUCAAGUGUCCGGACGCCUCUGAUGUUUCUUCAAAUAGGCCAACUGGCAUACGCUGUUGUGAGAGAUUGAACAUGCAUAAGUUCGUGUCUUUAACUGUCAGAAAUGUGAGAGAUCUCACUGAGGAGACAGACGCAAGUAUGAGAUACAACGGUCGCAUAUUAGGUAGGUAUGUGUUAUGAUAGCGCCCACAUGACUACUUGAUAUACGCUCCAAAAAUCUCAUCUGUUACUUUCAUUGAACAGGCAACUCACAUACACCAUCCGUUAUGGCCCUAGAACGUAUUGUUUGCUGGUGCUUAGUGAUGAAGCGCCCCCAGUAUGCCUUCUUGUGUUGUAUUAAUUUAUUUUCUUAUGUUUUUAUCAGGAGGCUCUCUCACAAAUUACGCUCGACUUCCUGGAAGAUUGCGCUAAUAAAGGUGGGCUUUGUUAUGUGGAAGCCCGCUUUUCGCCUCAUUUGCUCGCCGGUGCCUGUCUUUCUCCCGAAGAGUCUCUAAAAACAGUUCUCAGUGCAGUCGAGAUAGGAAAGAAAAAGUUCGACAUACAGGCACAAAUCAUCCUUUGUAUGCUGCGGCAUAAGCCUGAAUGGUCAUCCGAGGUUCUUCAACUUGCCAAGAGCUAUAAGCCUUUCGGUGUUUGUGCCAUCGAUGUUGCAGGUGUGUUGUCAGUUUCGUUUUGAUAAUAUCAGUUAAAGUCAAUAUGAUAACAUAUUUUUGGCGAUUGCUGUUGGACACGGCAGAUGACACUCACAUAGUUAAUAUUUUUGCAGACAUAACGAAUAUUAUCUAUGUGGUCAUUCUUAACCUUUAUUUUCGUAGGUGACGAUAAGCCCUGCGAUGGCAAGAAUACAGCCCCUGAAAUUAAAAUGGCGUUCGAAGAGGCAUUUAAAUGUGACAUUCAUAGAGUCGCCCACGCGGGUGAGAAUGGUGUUGCUGCCUCUGUGACAGAAGCCGUCAAAGAAAUGCACGCUGAGCGGAUAGGUCAUGGAUACCAUAUUCUUGACGAUCCUACAGUCUACAAUAUGGUACGAGAGGAAAACGUUCAUUUUGAGGUAAUGUCAGUUCAUUGGGACAUUAUUAAAUUUCCAAAUAUGUUCAACUCUAAUGGUUUAAACGUAAUAAACCGAAGUGACGCAAAUUCCUCCUUGUUUAUCGAACUGCCGGGAUAAUAUAUCUGUUUUGGCUUCUAUGAUGCUGUAAAUAAGUAAAAAGAGGUUGCUAUCGUCUAAGCGACUGCCGGCGCAAAGGUAACUUACGUUCGGGUAUUUGGUUAAAUUGUCUUAUAGGAAAACACCUUGAACGAGAAUUUAUGUCUGCCUCCCGUUAGGGUCCCUGGUACUGCCACAGUCCCUCUGUCCUUUUGUUGAUCACAUAGGCGCUCCGCGAGUGAGCCUUUAUGAGGUUUGCUGAAAUUGCAUAUUAAGAAGUUCUUUUGUCAGUAUUUCAUUCAUGAAUAGCGAGUCACGAGACUUUCCGUCCAAUUACCACGGUAACGCUAGAUCAGUCUUAUCUAAACCUAGCACAUAUCUUAUCUCUAAUGCAAACUCCGUUGUCCACCAAUAUGUCCUCCUUAUAGGCCAUUAUUAAGCUUUGUUCAAGAAGUUUCUGCCCAUUAUUUUUUUCUUUAAUCUUAUAAUGUUGAACGGAUGUGCUUAUGUCCUGACUAAAGGGCUUUGUGGUUGGCUGAUGUGUUUUUCAAGUAAAGCAGACUACAUCGGUACGUUGUUGUUUGCUUUGCUGAAACGCGAGGUUCCCAUAUAAAAUUAAUGGACGACCGGGUAACUGCGUAAUAGGAGGAGUUAUAAGGCAAGAUCGAAAGCAGGCGUUGCAUUCUGUCCGAAAUACUUUCUUAAACCAGGCUCGUCACACGAUUGCUUUAAUGUCUUAAAAAAUCAAAAUUCGACUGCUGCUGUAUCCGAUAUUUUAAUGGAUUUUCUUCGAUCCUCCAUCAAUGUCUACUCGUUAAACACUAGUUUCUGAACCCUCUGCUAUUGCUUAAUUUAACAACAGAACAAAACAAUUCACUAGCGGUCUCCAAUUAGUUUAGUACUUGCGCUUUAUUCCCAUUCAAUCCUGUUUUAUUUGUGCUUAAAUCUAUUUGGACGACCAACGACAAUGUCAAGCACCAUCACUAACUUUAUUUAAAUCCUGUCUGGUCAUUCUUUUCUGCAAACGUAAUCAGAAUCUCAUUUCGAUUUCUAAUUGCUCGGGCACUUUGUAAGUCUAGCUGCACUGACAAAUGUCUUUCGUCAAAAGUGGGUAAAAACAACGGCAGUAAAUAGGACCGAUGUGCAUACUACCAUCUUCUGUAAUUCUGCCUUGAGCUCACCUAUCGAACUUCAUUUCGCCCCCUUCUUUUUGCCCGUCGUUUUUUAUUUAAAAUUUCUUAUCUCGCUGCUAAAUUCAGUCUAAACUUAAACGUUUACUUAUUCUACUUUGCCUACGCUGUCAGUUUUUGCCGCUGCCAAUGAAAAUGUCCUCAUUCAGUGUGCCACAAACACCUCUGCCUCCAAUCUUGUUACCGCUAUCCCAACUGCGAUUACUGUUAGUGCUGCUGAUAACAAUACCUCUAACAACGAUAUUAAUAGCCUCAUGAUCAUAUGGGAGUGGCGAUCACAGCCCUGUCCAGUUUUCAGGAAGGAAUAGGAGGUUUAAAUCUGCAGUCGUCUGCGCUCUGGUUUGAAAUAUGACUGCCUGAUAGUUACAGAUAAGACCGAAGUAGUUUUUCCAUCCUCGCUUGUCUAUGAUCGCAAGAUUUCCAUCUUAAUGACAUCCUUAUUACUAUUGUCAUUAAUAUUCGUGCUGUUUCCGUCGCUACUACUGCUGUUAAUUAAUCAGCACUCACCACAAUUUUAACAUAUAUAGAGAAGAUAGGCAGAGCCCUGGAAAACCAUAUUUAUAGAUAUGCAGAUAAAACGCGUGCGCACAUCUAAUUAACAGUUCCGCCAGCCAUUGAUAUCGAGUAAAUAUUAUCGACCACCAAGUGCGAAUUUGUCGGGUCUUUUUCGAGGUCUCAAAGUUUCCCACUAAGACAACAGAAUUUGACAAUUCGUUCCUUCCUUCAACCAUUCCUUCACAAUUAUUUCCUAGUUGUUAAUCAUCUUUCUCAACUCUUUACUACUGCUUAUUAAUUUUAGCAUUCCUGAAAGCCACUGUCCACAUUUCAUAUUUUUUUUCCCUUUAUCGCUAUUACGCCUAUGUACUUUUUAUCCUCCUUAUCUGACUGGCCCUAAUACGAAGAACCCGGUGGCCUCGGCAGAAUUCGAAGCCGCUACAGUAAGACAUGGCUUUAGUACAACCGGCUCUCUAACCGCCUUACUUAAGAGGCCCCGAUUAUGCCUUGUGUUGUUUGCGCCAAGUUGGGAUUAGUGGACUCCGCAUAUUUUAGCACGCUGGGCAAGUAAAUUAGUCCAAAUGUGAUAAACUCAAGACUUCUAGUCGGCGCUUUGUAACUCAGUGGGUUAUGGCGUCAGUUGUGCCAAGGUCAUACCCUACUGUCACAUGUUCGAACCCCACCAAUGUCACAGGACUGUUCCACCCCGAGGAAAAGCAAUUUUCUUAUUUUUUGACCCCACACGUCUCAGUCUUCGCCCUCUUAUUCCUAAUGUCGUAAACGGUAGGAUGAAGGACCCCACACAACUGCCGGUAAACUGUUGAUCGUGUCAUAUGGGGUGUUAUUUUGACAUCAAUUUGCUUAUAUUACACCAAAAACAAAUACUCUCCAUGACCUCGAACCAUUACUCAGACUGCGUUUACUUUUAAGAGUUGCUUUUUAUUUUUUUACUAACGAGCUCAUUUUCGUCGUCAUACAAAAGCGUACGAUAAGGCUUUCGGCAGAAAUCCAAACAAUUCCUGUGUUUUCUUGCAUUUCGUUCGCUUAUUGUAUGGCGUGCUGUCCCACCCGUAAGACCUCCACUAUCACCAUUCCCGUAUGAAACGAUCCACAUUCUACCGACUGUUGUGUGGACUCCUUCACCCUUCCGCUGCUCUAGUUUCAUUACCGUCAUUAUUAUUAGCCCUAAUUUAACUUCCUCCUCCCUUUCACCCCCCUUCUUUUCCCUCUUUUGCAUGUUUAUAUACAGCCUUCAACUCAGUUGCCCUACUUGUUCCGCUUUUUCGUCUUUUUGUCCUUUCACUUUCGUUUCUGCCUGUCCGUUAUGAUCAGUCUGAUGGGCGACAUCGUCUUAAACAUUAAAUGUUUCCUGUGGUUGGCCCUGCGCCUCCGUAGGUUUGCGCAUGCCCUCGGUUAUAAAAAUAACUAACAUGGAAUUGAGCUCCCUUCCACCUCUAGUGCACAGGCCGCGCAUGAAUAGCCACCCUCCGAGUGAGUUUAUGUCUCUGAUUUCAUCGUUGGUCGGUGAAAAGGUUGUUGUAUACAGAUCUCUCCGGUAAAUUUAUGCCCUGGCAGGCAGUGCUACGCGCGUGGCAUUUAAACAUAAAAGUCUCGAGGGAACAAGACACACUGUGAUUGAUUACCGAACGAUCGUCACUCGGAGGUAAAUGGCAUGAAACCAACGGGCCUGCCACGCCCUGACGAAGUGCACGCACUUAUCUGCGUGCUGUUGCGAGCAGAAGGGCGUCAGGAACCAGAAGCCAUGAUAUUGUCUGGGUAAAGUACUUCUCUUACAUAAACAUGAACUGCAUCUCAAUGUAGGUAAAGGCAAGACGCACCCUCUGAUGAUGUUUAUUUGUCACUUCUGCUUCAGUCGUUAUGAGAGUUCACCUGAGCCGCCAGGUUCCUUGUCGAAAUGAAUGACCUGUUAACACCUUUCUUAUGCUACAUACUGAUAAGAAUCAGGUUAGCAGAGCAGUUGAGUAAAAACUGGUCGUCGCCUUAGCAUUUAUAAUUGUUGAAACCCAGAUCUGCUGUCGCUUUGCUUUGGCGUGCUACGAUUCGUUUGCAGGUGGCCUUCGUUUGGUCCAACUCAUAUGUGCCAGCAGAUAGUUUAAUUGGAAACUAAUUGUCUAGCGAGAAUGGGGUGAUCACUUCUAAAAAAGGAUUCCUCAGUUUGACACGUGACAGUUGGGGGGACGUUUUUCACAAUGCCUUUUAAUCUCACGAUUCUGGGACAUACAAGGCUCUGUCCGUUCUACGUUGUACAUCGUUUGAACUUUGAGAACUCAGCUCAUCAGUGACAUCUUUAAUUUUCGAAACCCAUAUCUAGUUUUCAGCUAGAAAUAUACUUGGAAAUGGUAAGCAAAAGUGUAUUCUUAUGGUUUCCCUGAACUGUUGGAUAUGGGAAUUGAUAAACGAAGAUUGAUGGAGCACAUGUUGAUGAAGAAUAAUUUCCAUAGAGUAUGUGGCCAAUCAGGGUAGUUUCUAUGUCUGUCUUGUCAGAAUUGCGUUAAACAGUGCUUUGAAUGUAACCGUCAUCAUGACCAUAGGUGACUUAGCAUAGAUAGUACCGGUUUGGACUGCUGAACUGCAUUCUGCCAGUAAAUGUGCCCUGUCGUAUGAGCAAACAUACCGCACAAAGCCGCAAGGAGAGUUUCAUGUGAACUGCCCCACCGAAACUUCACUUUUUGAUACAUAUUGCGGCGUGACGGGGAUGCACCAUGCAGUCGAGUUACUUGCCUGGAUUUUACUGAUGCCCGUGCUUCGCCUUAAUCAUGACGAAUUAUUCAGUUGACAUCACAAGUCGCAUUUGCUAGCGUCCCAGCGCGGGGUCAUUGCUCAGACGUAGCAUAUAUCAGAGAGGAAAUCUUCGAAGUGAUCUAGAAACCUACUUACACAAAUGCUUGAUAGUGUAACUAUGAUUUUGUUAAAAGUAUCGGAAUUAUAAGCUGAUGACAACGUUGAUGAUUGACGUUGCCAGACUCGCCGUGACAUACCACACAGAUGAAGUACGCUUAUCUAGGCUCACAUACUAUUAUGAGAGUUUUUCGUACACUUAAGGGCCGAUUCCUCUUGUAUGCAGUGAUACUAGCCACAGUAUAUGCAUACAGUUAAAUGCCCAGACAGAACUUGGGUACAUGCACUUUUCGAGUAUAUUAACCAGCCCAGAAUGCAGACGCAUAUAGCUCCGCUUCAAUGUGAUUUAUUGGUUUUCCUUUCAAGCUGCUACUGCUAAUUCUAUACACGCAUUCGAAAAUUAACUUUCUUGGACUUCACCCGAAGUCUCCGCCGACUGCUGGUUGCCAAAUUACUUCCAGGUCGUUGCCAUUAUCAAUCUUUUAAAUUAUCGGCUUGUUAUGUUAGAGGGCGCAAACUGCACGCCCAUACAGUCGCGAAAAAUACCGCUGGAAGUGACUAGACUAAACAAAACUAGGCGCAAAGUGCCUCGAUUUUUCAGUGCAUACAGCAUGCAGAUUCGCUGCCAACCAAUCCGGCGUGAGCAAGUGGAGGGUCGUCACUGUGACGGGGCGGCAUCCCGGCAUAGACACCGUGCAAGUGCGCCACAGGUCUCAAAAUAAACGCGGCUGUCAAAACAUCUCAGUUUUAAUCUCAACAUACUCGAAUCACGCAUACAGCGUGCCCAUACUACUGUAAUUGUAUGGCUGGAGCUCUGCUAGGCAUGCAAUGAAGCUUUUCAUGUUUUUGUUAAACCCUUACGCGAAACCAGACUAAAUUCGGGGGGGGGGGGCAAAGCUUCGAAGAAAUUUUGUUUUAUUCUCAGAUGAUUCCAGGAUCUUUUGCGGGUUGCCGAGCACUUUUUAAAGACUCUUACUUCUUCACAGCUUUGCACUUUUUCUACUUUUUGCCGUAUAUUUCAAUUGCUGUUAAUGUAUUUAUAAGUCCGUGCAGUCGCUGGCUUCCUUUUAUGUUCGUCUGCUUUUUACGAAGUACCACUAACUAAACAUAUGUAUUGCCUUGCUAACAUUCCUACAAACGAAGGGUAUUUCAUAAACUUGGUUAAACAACCGGACGUUUUCAUUGCGGUUUGUGUAUGAAUUACCUUCUGUGGAAUCAGGAAUGGCCAAAUAAAUAGCCCAAAAGCAGACGGUUUACUCAGUUUUGAUAUAGGAGACAUCUCUUAGACCCAAUAGUGAAAAACUCGGUACCUCGGUGGGAUUCGAGCCCACGACAGCAAGGGGAAGGCUUUAGUACAGCCAACGCUCUAACCAUCUGAGCUACUAGACCCAACCGGACGACGCGAGUUUAAUCACAUUUGGACCAAGUUUACCCACCCAAUCUACUGUGACGUCUGGAAUCCACCAAAUCUGAUACAGUAAGCUAAAUGCCCAAGCAGGAUUUCCUAAGUAAUACAUCUAGAAUCCAUCAGAUGACUAUCAGGCUCAUGUAAUUCAGGGUGUUUUAGUAGUCAUCUGGUGGACUCUAGAUGUAUUACUUAGGAAAUCCUGCUUGGGCAUUUAGCUUACUGUAUCAGAUUUGAUGGAUUCCAGACGCUGAAGUAGACUGGGCGGAUAAACAUGGUCUAGAUAUGAUUAACCUCGCGUCGUCCGGUUGGGCCUAGCAGCUCAGAUCGUUAGAGCGGUGGCUUUAUUAAAGCCUCCCCUUGCAGUCGUGGGUUCGAAUCCCACCGAGGCACCGAGUCUUCCACAGUUGGGUCAAAUUGAAUUAUUUGAAAUCUGCCACAACACUUUUGAAUAGGAGACAUCGUUUUCAGGGUAGUCGGUUCUUUUGCCAGAGGGAACUCGCUCCGGCCAGGCCCAAGCUGUGUUUAUGCGGCCGCCGUAGCGUGGGGAAUUUAUUUAAAUAUGCUGCAUUCUAGGACAGUCUUUGUUCACAAGCAUGAUCUAAAUUUAACCGACAGAAAUGAAGUAUCCUUUUAAUUCUCAGUGAAUAAGAUUUUUAGGGUUGGCGUUCCCCGAAACAACUCUCCUAUUUGUCCCUAGAUCUCUUGUUUCCAAUCAGGAUAUGACGUUGAACGCCAGUCCCAUGCUCCUUUAGACAUUCGAAGUCUUGGCCGGCAUGUCGCGAGCCCGUGACUCAAUGAUAGUGCCUGGCUUAGCGCCCAAUCACCAACGGGUCCGAAAUCGAGUCUAGGUUUUUCUGGUCCGUGUUUGGUGUAGUAUUAAUGAUCGUAAGGUAAAAAUGGUCAAUCCGAUCCUCCUUGUCAUGUUGGCUAUAUUGUUCGACCACUGUUAAUAAAGUUCAUGCAAUUUUUUUCGGAAUUUUGCUGUUUAUCCAAUAGUUUGUUGCCCACAUAAAGAGUACUGGGUCUGUCACCAUUCACAAUCUUUUGUCCUCAGUUGUGCCCUCUUUCCAGUCGACUUACGGGUUCCGUACCAACUGCGUGGAACCAGCAUCCCAUACACCAUUUCAUUCGUGACGAUGUGAAUUUCUCCAUCAACACUGAUGACCCCACCGUAACCGGACAAUGGCACCUCGAUGAGCAGAUCAUGUGUAUGAGGGAACUUGGUAUGACUGCUCACCAGCUGGUCAAGGCAAACUUCCGUGCAGCACGGGCCUCUUUUCUGCCAGAUGACGCCAAAGAACAGUUGAUGCAGCACUUGAUGACAGGCGCCGGAAUUGCCACUAUACGUGGUUGA